CGUGUUUAUAGUCAGACUGCAGACUGAGCGGAGGAGACGGUGUGUGUACCUGCGUGUUUAGCGGACUAACGACGCUGCCCGGACACCUCUCUGUCGACGGAGGACGUUAGUUAACCGACUGUCUGGCCGUUAACGGAAGAAUUAGAGGGAAAUCCUCGGUUUCCCGCUGACAUGAAGGUGAAUUACAGCGACCACAACAACGCGGUGCGUGUGUGCGUGAUGAGCGGCUGAGGAGGAGGAGGAGGAGGAGACGGAGGCUGCGGUCUGAAACCUGAUUUUUAUCCUGGAUAUUUCCAAUGAAACGUCGUUGUAAACACACAAGGUGUCUGUGCUGAUUUAUCAAGUCGUACUGCGCCUCUUUCCAUCCCGAUUUAACGCGUUUUGAGGGGUUUUCUGCCUCCUGAGGAUCCUCCAGCAGCAGCGGGACGUCGGACUGUUUUUCCUCCAGAUAUGGAGCGUGAAGAUGCGGAUUACAGAGGAAUCCCCGCCGCUGCAACUUUAGCCGCAUUGGUUUCAGCCUUCACGUCAGUGCGGUGCUGUUUUUGGCAAGAAUAAAUCAAACUAUGAGUGCAUAUGUUCUGCCCAGAGGAAUGAAUCGGUGAUUUCAGAGCACCACUGGACUCUCCCCCUGCUAUCCUGCAUGUAGCUGCUGUUAGCUGCAUUAGCCGGCUAACAGCUACAAGGUGCUGGCUGCACAUUAAAACCAUUUUUUUCUGCAGGAAUUCUGAGCAGUUUUUGCCCACGUUUCCUCCCCGUGGCUUAUUUAUCUGCAGGAUUUGGGAGGAUUUACUCAUCCAGGAAUGAGGUCUCGAGUGGAAAGGAUCCGCUUGACCUUGUUUUGGGGUCUGAUGCUGGGUCUGUCGUCCUGCCUCCGGCCCGCCACCGCAGAGAUAUGUGGUCCCAGCAUCGACAUCGGCAAUGACAUCAGUGAAUUCCGGCGACUUGAGAACUGCACCGUGGUGGAGGGCUACCUGCAGAUCCUCCUCAUCGGUGACAAGAACAACAACAACAUCAACCAGGAAGUCUUCCGCUCCCUGAGCUUCCCCAAGCUGACCAUGAUCACCGACUACCUGCUGCUGUUCCGGGUGUCCGGCCUGGACAGUCUGAGCGCACUCUUUCCCAACCUCACCGUCAUCCGCGGCCAGAAGCUCUUCUACAACUACGCCCUGGUGAUCUUUGAGAUGACCAGCCUGAAGGACAUCGGCCUGUUCAACCUGAGGAACAUCACCCGCGGCGCCAUCCGCAUCGAGAAGAACCCGGAGCUGUGCUACCUGGACUCCAUCGACUGGUCCCUCAUCAUGGACGCCGAGUUCAACAACUACAUCGCCGGGAACAAGCAGUCCAAGGAGUGCAGCGACGUUUGUCCGGGCAUCAUGGAGAACAGCCCGCAGUGCAGGAAGACCAUGUUCAACGACAACUACAACUACCGCUGCUGGAACUCCAACCACUGCCAGAAAGGUAAGCUGAACGCCACACACGGCCGCUCGUCCUGGACGCUGCUGCCAGAGACGUUAACAAGCCAAACGAGCCAAAACAGCAUACCAUGA